GAAAUCGUUAAAACAAAUCGCAGCCGUUGGUGCUAGGGCUUUUGGUUAUCGUCCGGGCGCUAGGGUUUUGUGGAGGCGCUGAGGUUUGCGGCCGGCGAUCACGCGCAUCAGAGUGCAAGAUGGUGCGCGCCAGCGUCCUCAACGAUGCCCUGAAGACCAUGUACAAUGCGGAGAAGCGUGGCAAGCGCCAGGUCUUGAUCCGCCCCUCGUCGAAAGUGAUCAUCAAAUUCCUCGCCGUGAUGCAAAAGCACGGCUACAUCGGCGAGUUUGAGUGGGUCGACGAUCACAGAUCCGGGAAGAUCGUCGUCGAGCUAAACGGCAGGCUCAACAAGUGUGGAGUCAUCAGCCCGCGCUACGAUAUCAGCGUCAAGGAGCUCGAGGCCUGGACUGCUCGGCUUCUUCCAUCUCGCCAGUUUGGCUACAUUGUGCUGACAACAUCGUCUGGUAUCAUGGAUCACGACGAAGCGAGGAGGAAGAAUGUUGGUGGCAAGGUCCUCGGCUUCUUCUAUUGAUGCAAGCAAGCUUUCCCGAAGAUCAGAAAACCUAUGGUACACACCUGUGCUCUCUCUAGCCGAGCACAGUCGACGUUGUAUUUCCAAAUUUUGUGAGGCUUGCGUUCAACUUUUUAACUUCACAUUUUGGGUCUUGUUUUCUUC